CACACCUGCCCGUGUCCCAUGCUGCAGAUCCCUGCAUUCGAGGGAAACAGAAAGUGAUCUGGUUUUGUCUCAUGUCAUCAGUGAGUAUCCUGCACCUCUUCCAUCAUAUCUGAAAGUAGUCUCGGCAAACAACGUUCCCACCAUGCCAAAGCCUACCAUUCUCAUCGUUGGCACCACUGACACGAAGCUCGAUGAAAUCCUCUAUCUACGGCAAAAAAUCCUAGCCCAGGAUACCUGCCAGACCAAGAUCCUCGAUGUAAGUCAUACACCGGGGAAAUCACCAGCCUUGGAAGAGAUCCCUCAAGACGAGAUCAUCGCGCCAUUACGUGAACACAGCUCGUCCCUGAAAUCCCUUUCACGUGGUGAUUGCAUAUCCAAAACCAUCGAACUAUGUCUGCCAACAGUCAAGAACCUUGUCACCCAAGCCCAGAUCCUAGGAAUGGUUUCCGCGGCAGGCAGCAGUGGCUCAUCGAUUGCAACAGCCUUCAUGCGUGAGGCUUGCCCGGUUGGCUUUCCUAAGCUCAUGGUAUCGACCAUGGCCAGUGGAGAUAUCAAACACUACGUUGAAGAGACAGACAUCACCAUGAUGUACAGCGUGGUUGACAUUGCGGGCAUCAAUUCAAUUCUCAAGCGGAUCUUGUCCAACGCAGCCGCCGCGAUCUCUGCAAUGACGGUUUCAUAUGCAAAAUCCAUUGUCGACCCAACAGCAGCAGAAAUGAAGGGCAAACGUAUCGCUAUCACCAUGUUCGGAAAUACAACACCUUGCGUCGAUCAGAUCCGGCGUAUCCUCACGUCCACGCCGCAUGAUGUCUCAGAGUAUGAGAUCUAUGUCUUCCAUGCCACCGGGUCUGGUGGACGAGCCAUGGAGCGACUUAUUAUGGAGCGACAAAUUGACGCCGUCAUUGAUUUGACAACCACCGAGAUCCCAGAUGAGCUCUUCGGUGGAGUCCUUACUGCUGGCCCGAAUCGACUUGAAGCAGCUGCAAAAAUCGGGAUCCCCACGAUCGUUUCCGUUGGUGCCUGCGAUAUGGUCAACUUUGGUCCCAAGGACACCGUUCCCGAGAAGUACAAAGAUCGAAAAUUGGUGGUGCACAACCCAGCAGUCACGCUGAUGCGUACUACCGUGGCAGAAAACAAGAAGAUAGGUGAACAUAUUGCAUCAAAGUUGGCUACUCAUGCCACAAAUCCCGAAUCGAUUCGAGUUCUCUUGCCGGAAGGAGGAAUCAGUAUGCUUGAUGCGCCUGACAAGCCUUUUCAUGAUCCUGAUGCCGAUACCGCCUUGUUUGAAAGCCUUGAAGAGGGGCUGGAGGGUUCGCGAAUUGAGGUCGAGAAGCACCAACUCCAUAUCAAUGACGAGCUUUUCGCUGGUCACGUCGCUUCAGCCAUCCUGGAGGUCAUGCGCGUCACACCAAGACAAUACAGGCUCAGCAACCUGAAGAGAAGAAAAUGGUCCUUCGACCAUGGUGCGAGUGUCAUGCUAGCGAGAAGGAACAGUCAGAUUGAAGUGCCUGAUGCAGUUUGACCGACUCGGGUUGAUGGCGGG